AUGGGUGGUGUCAGCCGUUUCCCCUAUCCUAAAGAAGUCUGGUCGCCUGCUGGUGGCUGGUGGGCCCAACCCAAAGCAUGGAAGUCCAACACGUUAAUUGCCGGCUUUGGUCUUGCUGUCACUGUUGCAGCAGUCUGGAAGGUUUCGGCCGAUAAGGAGCAACGUUAUCAACAACCAACACGCUGGAUCCCUUCAAUGAUGUGGGCGAAGCAAUUCAAAGAUCAACAGUAG